AUGAGCGAUAACAAUAAUAAUACUACGACUGAAGUCUUGUCAGAAGAAGAUUUACAAUUCAAAUAUAAUAAGAAACAAGAACAAGACUGUCAAGUAUGUCAUGCAGUCAGUGGUACUAUAAUAGGAGGUGCAGGGUUGUACUCGUUGCUCAUCAGAAACCGUCAUCCAGAGGGUAGAGCAUCUCUAUCUUUUGUUGGUUUUACUUGCCUUGGUUUUGGUGCCUACUGGAUCAUUGAACCAAAGUUACCUUCCUAUCUACUCCUAAAAUCUAGAUUACUAUUGGGAGCCGAACCACCACAUCCAUACGAAAAGCGGGGUGUUGAAAGACGACUCUCACUCAUCUUUUGA